CCAGGGGAUCGCACAGGACGUAUGAGCACGCAGACACACCCGAGACUACAAACAGCAAGCCCAGUGCGAUACCUCGCCAGCAGUAAGUGUCAGAACAAGGGGAAGACAGAACGGGGUUUCGGACGUCAAGAGACCAUCGUCGUGGUCGCGUUAGGCUAUUGGACAGGCCUGACACUUUGCUCAUACAUGCAGCGGACACGGUAAAGAUGUUGGAGAUGGAGCCGGACAUUGACGCUGUGGCGGUCGAAUAUUCUAGAAUGUUCGACCGCCGCCGCCUCUAGAAGAUUCGUCGCUCUACAUAAGCGUGUGGCGGUCGAAUGUUCUAUAGAGUUCCGCCGCCGCCUCUAGAAGAUUCCUCUGACUAUUUAAGGGCAAGAUCGUCGCUCCAGUCAGUCAGUCGAUCAGUCAAUCACUUACGCAUUCUGUCUUAAACGCGCUUCGUCUCUCGCUGUUAUUUGUUAGUUCGUUGUAAUAUAGUAUAGUUGUUAUUAAAUCUUAAAAGUGUUUAUUACUUCUAUAUAUUACACCUCGCUACAACGCCAUCCCAAACGCACGUCAAAUAAUUAUGCCGGAUUUCACCGAACUGAAGAACCUACAAAUAGUUCAGCUACCACUGUGGAUCGGACUGAGAGGGAGAUCGUGUCACGGUCGCAUUGCACUCUCGUUUUACCACUGGAUAGUUAUUGCGGUGCUUCCCCUUCACGUCCGACCGGUUGUUUUAAUACUAGUUAAAACGCGUGUUUUACUAGUUGUCUAAAUAAUUAAUUGAUUAAUCAAUACCCUAACAACAACAAUAUUCUUUUUUUAACUUGCACUAAAUUAUAUUAAUUUACAUUAAAUAUAUAUUUAAGAUUGAAAUAUUUUUGACACAUUUUCAAAAGUUUAAAAAGUUUAAUACAUAUAUAUUGUGAGUUUAAACACAUUCUAUAUAAUGGAAAAUAAUCCGAUUCAAUACUAUGUUAAAUGAAAAGAACAUAUGUAAACUUUAAUUAUGAGUUACGGAAGUAAAAGUUCUAAGAGGAGACGUAUUCUUGAAGAAUUGGAAAUUUUCUCGUCGGCCGCAGAUAGUGAAGUUUCUAUUAAUGAAAUAAGUAAUGAAAUACAAGAGACACUGGAUUUUCCCAACACUGAAGAUGAAACACAAAAUAUAUCUGGAACGUUGUCACACCAAUAUUUCUUCUCUGCACUUGAAUCAGACUCGAAUAUUAAUGAUGCUUAUUCAAGCUUCGAUAAAAAUGAAAAUACUUUUUCAUUUAACUUUAAUGAUAUUACAACUCCUGCAAAUAUUCAACUUGUUAAUUGGGUUGUAAAACAUGGUAUUUCAAACACAGCUACAUCCGAUCUAUUAAAAAUAUUGAAGUCUGUAGAAAACAGAGGUGUCAAAUACAAUAAUAAAAUUAAAAGAGGUUACUCCUGGAAAGUAUUUUCACUUAGGUGUUUCUAACGGUAUAAAAAAGAACUAUGUUAUAACAAAUGAACAUGAAAUUUUAAAAUUAGUUAUUGGAAUAGACGGCCUACCGUUAGCUAAAAGUUCCAAAAGUACAUUUUGGCCGAUAUUAUGUUAUAUUAGACCAAAUUCAAAAGUUGUUUUUCCUAUUGGUAUUUAUUGGGGUAAUGAUAAACCCGCAGAUAGUAAUGAAUUCCUUCUUGAUUUUUUUAUUGAAAUUCAAGAAUUGAUAUUAAAUUGACUUGAAAUCAAAAAUGAAAGAGAUAUAAUUUGUAAAGCUCAAAUUGUAUUGGACGUAUUCUGCUGUGAUGUUCUGGCAAAGUCGUUUAUACUGAAAACUAAAGGUCAUACUGGUUUUUUUUCUUGU